ACACAUGCAGCCCCCGGAUCUCUCUCGUUCGGCAGCAGCAGCAGCAGUAGGAACAGCAGAAGAAGAGCCCAACUGCAGCAUCGUUCACUUUCGCCGCAGUCCUGGUUCUGUACACUUCGGUCAGAAGGUCCGCGAACCAGAAGUCAUUCCCACCCGCACCUGAUCAAGACGGCGGAUUAGUUGCCUCUCACCCCUUUAAAACCUAAUCCGUGGGAUUUAAAAGCCAGCGGCUCUCAGGACCACCUUUCUUCUCGAGGUUGUCCGGGUGAAAAAGAAAAAAGAAGAAAGGGUCGGUCAUUCUGUUGUAUCUAGAGGAGGCGUCGACCUGACUUUGAGUCGUGAAUUUAACAUUUCGACUGCUUCUUUGUCGUGUGUUCCUAAUUUUUUCCCUUCAAUUUUUGACCUCUUCCCCUUCCACCUUCCUGUGUGUGUGACCACCUCCGCCCGUUCACACCUUUUCUGAUCUACCCGCUCCUCCUCUCCUACCCGAGCCCUCCUCGCACCUGCAUCCUCUACCAACCAACCACCCGCCAUGGCGAACCGCGAAGAGCUGGAAGAGGUACGCGAUGUGUUCGAUCUCUUCGACUUCUGGGACGGUCGUGACGGCCUGAUUGACGCCGUCAAGGUGGGUGACCUGCUCCGGUGUGUGGGUUUGAACCCCACACUGGCCACGGUCAAGAGCGUGGGAGGAACCACUAAGCCAGGAGAGAAGCAGUAUUCUUUCGAAGAGUUCCUGGCGAUCUUCAACCAGAUGGCGAGCGUCAAGGAGUGGGGCACGUACAGGGACUUCGAGGAAGCCUUCAAGUCUUUUGACAGGGAAGGACAAGGCUACAUCUCCGCCGCCGAGACCCGCCAUCUUCUGACGGCCAUGGGUGAGCGACUGACUGACGAACAGGUGGAUGAAAUCAUGAAGCUCACGGACAUCACCAUCGACCUCGAGGGCAACAUCAAGUAUGCAGAUUUUAUCAACAAAGUGAUGACGGGACCCCCAGAAGCUAAGUAAAAGAAAUGAAUUUCCAAGAGAGCAAGGGACUAUUACAACGAGGACAUUAGAACUGAUGAUUUAUUCACAGAAGUGGGGGGAAGAACACAAAAUUCAAAAGCUCAGAUAGAGAUGAGGGGAUCGGGGCUUAGCUGAACCCUUAGCUUCCAUCAAACCUUCAUGAAGAUCAGAAGCCACAUCUGCUUUCAUUUCAGGUGCAAUGGAAAGUUUUUAUUUCAAGUUAAGGCUAGUUGUUCAAUAGUUUAGGCAACGAAAAAAAUUAGUUUAGUCUCACUAAGCUUACUCUGAAAAUACAGUUUUUCGAAAUUUUUGUAUCUACUGGUCCUGACUCGACUUAUCACCGUUCACAAAAGAUGAUCAAAGUGCUUACUACUGGACAUUAGCGAGUUUGGCACACUGCUCCAACAGUUUUGAGUGAACCAUGUGGCUUUCUCUUCAUUUUUACCAUUUUGUUUGGCGUGUGUGCAUCUAGAGUAGAAUUCUUGUCACUCCUGGAAGCAUUCUCAUUGACGAGAGGAGAGAUCGGGGUUGCCAGGGAGAGAGAAACUUAUGAUGUACUUUUAAUUUUUUAAGACAAUCCCACCCAAUGGCGCUUGGGAUUUAGGGUCCUUCAUGCAAUAAAGGGAACUCAUAUUUCUUUAAAACUCUUUGCAUGUAAGAAUCUUAAUCCAGGUGUCUUUACAAGGCUUUAGAAGUGUCUCAGUCUGUGAGAGUAACUGGAUUUAAUGGAGCAAGUAUUUAUUACUAUUAUUAAUCUAAAGUUCUUUUUAUUUAUUUGUUUUGGUUUGAUUGUGUCCAUACACUUUGUACACAGUAUAUUAGAAACCGUGUCACAGAACAGUAACAGCUUUUCUACCUGCUGAUGUGGAUUUAUUACUUGUGAAUAAAGUAUCUGUGAAUUUUC